AUGGCCUACAGCCUGCUGAUGGUCGUCAACUUUGCGAACUCAGUGAUGCUCACAUUACAGGUCUUCGGCACAGAAUCGGCCCUAUCCUUCACGAUAUUCCUUGUCAAUACCAUCAUCGUCCUGGCGGCGCUGUACGGAAUCUACAACUUACGGCCGCUCUUCAUCGCCCCCAAUGUCGUUUUUAAGGUGACCGUCUCGUCAGCGGCCCUCUUCUACGGCCUCCAAAUCGUCGAGUCGAUCUCGCCGAUCCCGGUCCCCCAGCUCAUCUGGAUCCUCAGCUCCGUCGUCCUAUUCGUCCUCGAAGUGCACGCCAUGUUCAGCGCAUCGUUCGGCAUUCUGAAGGAGCUGAGCAGGAGGGAUCGAGCCAAGCCGCCGCCAUCAUAUGAUACCGUAAUCUCAUCUGAUGCUACACCACCGUCGUAUCAAGAAGCCGUCGCUAGGCUACACGAUAAGACCCGGAAAUCGCCGGGGGCAUCGAAGCCGGUGAUGCUCGAUAUUGAGGUGAGU